AUGGCAAGGAAUAGGGUGCAGCCAGUCAUAACUUUUGCGGUACCGGUUGUGCUAUUAGGUCUGUUGGGAUAUUUGGAUUAUGGCUACUCAAAGGUCUUCUGUUAUGAUCAACUGUAUGUUAAGAAGAACAGACGUGCUUGUGCAAUUGGAUUUAUCGUUGAGUUCAACCUCCUGUUGGGAGAAGCUUUGUUAUUAUGGAUAAUAACGGCUCUGAAAGGUCCUGGUAAGCUGAACCAACAAUUGAAGCCGUUCGACUUAGGACCCUACAUACAGCGAGGACAGACUGUAUAUGCUAACGACAAAGCCUCGUUUCCUACGACAAGCAAACUCGAGAGAAUCCCCGAUAUGUUUUUGUGCAAUUCGGAAGGGUUUCCAUUCUGGUGUUCCGAAUGUAAGACUCUCAAGAUCCGAAGAAGCCAUCAUGUGAAAAGCCUUGGACGUUGUGUUCCUCGAUUCGAUCAUAAGUGUAUGUUUCUAGGGGUGGUAAUUGGGGAGAACAACCUUCUGUGCUUUUUUGGCGCAGUAUUUUAUUUUUGGCUAUUUUUUUUGUUUGGAUUUAUCACAAUUACUGUUUUUGCAUCUUCGAUCAGGGAUUAUACUUCAGCCUCUGGUAUGAAGAUCAUUGAGCCAAACAUCAUUGCCUGCUAUAUUGGUGAUAUUUUCUGGCUGCUAAUGAUGACAUUCAUGUUUUUCGGUCAAAUAUCCUUAUUCAUGGAUAAUGAUACUUCGAUUGAUGUGCUACACCGCAGAAGAAGGUCACGAGAGCGCAAAAUGAACAGGACAGUGGAGCCCGAUUUUGUUAAUGUCGCUCAUCCAACUUUGGAAGAUGUCAGAGUGAUAGUGGAGUUGCGCGAAAGAGACCGGGUAUUCGACAAGGGAUAUCGUUCGAAUAUACAAAGUAUUUUCAAGACGGAUACUUGGAAAGCAUUGUUUUAUCCGUCUCUUGGAUCGGGUGCUGAGGAGCCAAGUAUUGAAUCUGGUGAGAGUGAUCUUAUCGCAGAAGAAGAGCAUUUGUAUUCUCAAAAGUUUCAGCAAACGAUACAGAAGAGAAUAGAAAAUGGCGACGGACGGAUAAUGGGGUCGUGA